AUGAUGAAGAAACACUGUUCGAUUCUUUUGCUCUUCUUACUCUCAGUAUCAUCUAGCACUGGUCUUGAUUGCUUCAGCUGUUUUUGUCGACCAACAAAUACAACUGCUUGUGAUUGUACUAAUGUAGUUCCUGUUCAAGCUGGAUCUCAUUGCACCAUCGUUCAAGAUCUACAUUCAUCUGAUCCGUACAUUGAAAUGUCGGCCGCGGAUAUGAAUUCAUCAUAUGCACAAAUGAAAGAUGCAUACUAUGUUUUAGUCGAUGAAGACAUCUAUCGCAAUGACUCGACAAACACUUGGGAAACAAAGACAAAACGCGUGGUCUAUGGUUGCGAUUGGGAUCUUUGUAAUCGUUUUAGUUUGAUUGCAUCAUUACCACAAUCGUACAAGUUAACAAUCGAUAGCGCAUGGUUAGAAAGUAAUAUCUACGGUUCAGGAACAGUAUCCAAUUGUAACACAUGUACAAAUGAAAUAUGUGGAAAUAAAACGAACCCGAUCGACUAUGAUCAAUGUCCAAGCACUACGUGUACCAAUGCCACUACUUGUUCAUUGUAUAAUUUAUGGGAAGAUUUUGAUACAGAAGAAGCGUGUUAUCAAUCCCAAUGCACACCAUCAGAAAUAAUCGAUGAAUCCAGCGAUGCAAAUGGAAAAUAUAAUGUUCAAGUUGAGGCCAUUGUUUAUCUAGCACAAAAUCGUUCGAACUUUGUAAUCUGGCAGCUGAAUGUCAAUUGUGCUGCGGAUAACUGUACUCGUUCAACUAUUUUUCAGGAAAUUAAACAAGAAUUGGGAGGUGACACUAGCGGUAUUGCAACAUUUCCAGCUACUCGUCCACCAACAACACCAGUCCCAUCAUCAACCAUAUCAUCCGCACCGACCAAUCCUAUUAAAUGUUACAACUGCUCAUGCAUCGGUACAGUUUGCCCAUGUACAACUUAUGAGGUGAUUUCUGCAGAUGACAGUUAUUGUACAAUUAUCCGUCAAAACUAUGGACAGUUCAUAUCGGUUGAUUAUGGACACAUAGGAGAAAAUACAACGCAUGUUUACAUUAAUGAAUAUCCAUUUGUACUCGUUGAAGAAUCAAUUAUUUAUGAUGAUAAGACAGGUCAAUGGAAUACUCAAUCUGAUAUCGUGGUUUUCGGUUGUAAUACUAGCUUAUGCAAUUCGCCAGAUCUUCUCUAUUAUCUACCAAGUAGUUUUCAAAUGCGUUUACCAGUAACAUGGCUAGAUGCAAAUGUUCGUGGUAAUGGUUCAGCUGUUCGUGAUUGCCAUGAAUGUCCAGAAGCACCUCAAUGUGGUGCAACUGAUUUUCUCGAUGCUGGUCGAUGUCCAAUUCAUCCAUGCAAUACAACUUGUCUCGUUUCGGACUCAUUCAAUGAUCCAGCUCACGGUCUGUUAUGUUAUCAAUCGUUCUGCGCACCAGAAGACUCCGAAUUUCUUCAGAUUGAUACGCAUCGUGUUGAAAUCGAAGGUGUUAUUUAUGCUAGUCGACCAUCCGAUGUUGAAAUAUGGGAAAUUGAUCUCUAUUGCCGUGCCGAUGACUGUUCACGCCCCGAACUUUUUAAAGAACUCCGAUCGAAUCUCGUUGUCCAACCUGGUGAUUUAUCAAUUCUAUUUAAUCAAACAACAACGAGAAAAGUACUUCGCUGUUUCGAUUGUUAUUGUGAAGGUGAGGUCAACUGUGUAUGUGAUACAAUCGCAGUUCAAGAUGCAGCUACGAAUUAUUGUACAAUUACUCGUACAUACGAUGGUAGUGGAGUCUAUGUUUAUUUUCAACAUUUUGAAAUUGGUACAUCUUAUUCCAAUGUUCGUGAACUUCCAUUUGUCCUCAUUGAUGAAGCCAUUUUAUACAACAACGCGACAGGUAAAUGGUUUACGAGGACAACUGAUGUUACCUACGCCUGUAAUGUCGACUAUUGUAAUAAACCAUCACUCUUACAAUACCUAGCUACUAGUCUGGAAAUGACAUUACCCGAUGCAUGGCUAAAUUCAACCUUGAUGAGUAGCGGACAAUCGACUUUAAUGUGCAACGAGUGUUCUGGCAAUGCAACAUGUAGUAGUGUAGGUUCUGUCGAUGAUAGUACGUGUCCUGCGCAAGCUUGCAAUACAACCUGCUAUGUUUCCAAUGUUUACGCUGAUCCGGAUACUAAUGAACAAUGUUACCAAGCGUUUUGUACUCCUGACAGUUCCGAAUUUGCUAUCGAUUAUUAUCGUGUCGAAAUCGAAGCUAUUGUCUACCCAAGCAAUCCAUCCGACGUCGAACUAUGGGAAACGUACAUUUACUGUCAAGCUGAAAAUUGUUCACGUCCAGGAAUAUUUCAAGAAAUUAAACAACAUUUAGAUUACAAUCGAGGCAACCUUUCUGAAUUAUUCAACAAUACAGCUGUUGGUGAUCCUGGUAAACUUCAUUGCUAUGAUUGCUAUUGUGAGAAUGAAGCGACCUGUACAUGUAACAAGACGUUAGCAUUGCCGGACAAUGCAACUUAUUGUACAAUUAUUCGUGAAUAUGAUGGACAGGAUUUUUGGAUUAUUCUAGAACAUAUCGAUCGAAAUAGCUCGCGAAUCUAUAUACAAGAAUUACCUUACAUGCUCGUUGAAGAAUCAAUUUUAUACGAUGAUAACUAUGGUAUAUGGGUCACUCGACCAAAUAUUAUCGUUUAUGGUUGUAACACAGAUUUUUGCAAUGAUCCUCGACUUAUACCACACCUUCCAACAGAUUUUCGAAUGCGUCUCCCUGAAGAUUGGUUGGAAGCAAAUGUUCGUGGUAAUGGUACACCUGUCCGAGAUUGUCAUGAAUGUCCAGAUGCACCUCAGUGUGGUCAAGGUGAUUUUCUCGAUGCUGGCCGAUGCCCAAUUCAUUCAUGUAACACCACUUGUCUUGUUUUCGAUGUAUUCGAUGAUCCAUCCGUUGAUGAACAGUGUUAUCAAUCAUUCUGUGCGCCACCUGAUACUGAUGAAUAUCACAUCGACACACACCGUGUUGAAAUCGAAGGUAUUCUAUAUGGUAAUCGUCCAAACGCCGAGCUCGAACUCUGGGAAGUUGAUCUCUAUUGUCGCGCUGAUGACUGUUCCCGACCAACAAUCUUCCAAGAACUUGAAGCAAAACUCACCGUCGAUCUGGGUGACCUUUCCGAAUUCUUUAACAUCACUACGAUAGCAACAACACCUCUUCCAACCACAACACCAAUUACACCUGUCGAACCACCACUUGCAUGUUAUGAAUGCUCAUGUGCCGAUGUUUCAAAUUGCGAGUGUGACAAAAUUGGAGUAUCAGGAGCAUACUCAUCUUACUGUACAAUCGUACGUGUUAAUUAUGACAUGCAUUUUACAAUAGAUUUAGAACAUAUCGACCGAAAUUCUACGCGUGUUUAUAUUCGUAAAUUCCCUUACAUGCUCGCCGAAGAAUCGAUACUUUAUAAUGAAACAACGGGAGUAUGGUGGACAAGAAGUAACAUUCUUGUCUACGGUUGUAAUACAAGUUUAUGCAAUCAUCCUAGUCGAGUAGCAUUACUUCCAGAUAGCUUCAAAAUGUUCUUGAGUGAUGAAUGGCUAAACAAAAAUGUUCGUGGUAAUGGUUCAGCUGUACGCGAUUGUCAUGAAUGUCCAGAUGCGCCUCAGUGUGGCACCACUAGCUUUCUCGAUGCUAGUCGAUGUCCAGUUCAUUCAUGCAAUACAACUUGCGUCGUCUCUGAUACAUUCAACGAUCCAUCUGAUGAUAAAUUAUGUUUUCAAUCGUAUUGUAAUCCACCUGAUGUGGACGCUGAAGAAGACCGCCAUCGCGUCGAACUGGAAGGCAUCAUCUAUAAAGACAAUCCAAGCGUCGUCGAACUAUGGGAAAUUGAUAUUUACUGUCGAGCCGAUGAUUGUUCACGUCCUGAGAUAUUCGAUGAACUUCGCGGAAACUUAACGACACAAACAAACAAUCUGACCGCACUUUUCAAUGAUAGUAUUUUACCAACAAAACCUCAACUUAUCUGCUAUGAUUGCUACCUUUAUGAUGAACCAGUUUACGAGUGUAAUACGUAUUCGAUAGCUGAUGCUGAUUCGAGCUAUUGUGUCAUAGUUCGAGCAAAUUAUGGCGAUGAGGAUUAUGAUGUUAUCUUGGAACACAUUGAUCGUAACUCCACCCGCGUCUACGUGCGCAAGUUUCCAUAUCUAUUAGUCGAAGAAUCAAUUUUGUACAAUGAUUCAACAAAAGCGUGGAGAACAAGAACGAAUUUAGUCGUUUACGGAUGCAAAGAGGAUUAUUGCAAUCAUCCGUCAUAUAUAGAACAUCUACCUGGUAGUUUUCAAAUGGGCCUACCGGAUACAUGGCUAAACGAUAAUGUUCUAGGUACUGGUCAAUCUGUCCGUGAUUGUCAUGAAUGUCCCGAAGCACCUCAAUGUGGUGCAACUGAUUUUCUCGAUGCUGGUCGAUGUCCAAUUCAUUCAUGUAAUACAACAUGUCUCGUAUCGGACAUCUACAGUGAUCCAGAUAGUGAUGAACAAUGUUAUCAAUCCUAUUGUGCACCGCCCGAUAGUGAAUUCUUCACUAUUGAUCCACAUCGUGUUGAAAUGGAAGGUAUUUUAUACGUCGAUUGUGUUGGAGCACCAGUCGAAAUAUGGGAAAUUGAUCUAUUCUGUCGUGCUGAUGAUUGCUCGCGGCCGGAAAUCUUCAAAGAAAUCCGAGAAAAAUUCACAACGAAUCUGAAUGAUAUAAGCUUCUUCUACGAGAACAAUGUAACCUGUCCAACAACUACUUCGGCGUCUUCAUCAACAACAGUGCCAGCUACCACUCGUACCAGUUCUGUUUCAACAACGAGCACUUCGACUGCAUCGCCUGGCACUGCUACUACUACUACUUCAACAAGUCGACCUGGUACUACGCCUACUGGCUCAACCCAGUCAACAACCAGUAAAUCAGCUGGUACAUCACUUCGUAUGACAUACAACGUGCUUCUUUUCUUUAUUUUUGUUAUUUUUCGAUGUCAACUCAACUAA